GAUGGAGAAUCGUUCGGAUGACAGCGGGAACAGUUGUAAUCACUGGCGGAAUCCUAGCAACUGUGAUCUUACUCUGCAUCAUUGCUGUCCUGUGCUACUGUCGGCUCCAGUACUACUGCUGUAAGAAAGAUGACUCUGACGAUGAGGAAGAGGAAGAAGGACAUGAUCUCUCUGCUCCAUCAAGAUUUUCCACCUGCAAUUCCUGCAACAGCCAAGUCCUGGAUGGACAAGGUGACCUGGCACUCCCCAGUGAGCCCCCUGACCAGCAUCGAGGUGCUCAGAGCCACUGUCCCAGUUGUGCCCCCUACAGCUCCCCCUUUUACAUACGGACAGCUGACAUGGUCCCCAAUGGUGGGGAGAGGCUCACCUAUACUCCUACCUGCUACAAGGAGUUGGGGCCCCCACCCCUCAAAAUGUCAUCACUCCAGAGUUUCCCGGUGACCCGGGCAGGCCUUGGACGGGAGGCCUUUACCAAUCCAAGGGCUAUUAGUACAGAAGUAUAACCCUACCCACCCACCACCCCCUGCUCCCUCAUUUGGAGCAGAGCAGGGCAGUGAAAAGCCCCUGCCCCAUGGAUGGUCUGUUUUCAUAGGUUUUCUUGCUACAAAAUCUAAGGUUCUCUGGGAUGUGCUAAUGGGUAAUCAGGUAACAUAUGUGAUAACGACACUCGCUCAUCUGACUACUGAGAGGAUGUUGCAGCAGGAAGGGAGAGGGGGGAAGGUAGACCGCUUCAUCUGAUGAGGAACAUUUGCAGCUCACUACAACUUUAACUACACUGUAUCAACAAGUGGGGCUUCUUCCCCAGGGCUAUGUGCCAAACAAAUACCCCAUGGCUAUCCCCCCUCUCACUAAGACUGCAGAAUCCAGAGUAAGAGCAUUCCAGGGGUAAGCUGUGGCAAGACCCCGGAGCCCUCAACCAAGUCUUUGUUAGAAGAACUGAGCAAACUCAGAAAAUGGGGGUUAAAGGAAUUCUGAGACCUUGGAUCUGGCAGAGGGCGAGGAGGGGAUGACACACUUUCUGGCAGAAACAAAGAUAAAUAUUAUGUAUAGUUUGAUCAUUUUAUAAUCCUGAUAUUGUAAUAGUUAUGAUGAUUGAGUUCUUCUAGCAUUUAGAGUUGACUAGGAAGCCCUGUGACUAAUUCCUUUAUAUCAACCACAUGAUGUCACACACAAAUAAACUAUCCCUACUCUUCCCCAGAGGCAACAGGGCAAAUGAUGCCAUUGACCUCAUUGUGGGGGAGAAACUUUCAGAGAGGAUUGGAUCGUGCUGAUUUUUAAUAAUAAAAAUAAAACAAACCCUGCCUUGAUUUGGAGAUUUAGUGAUGGCAGGCUUUUAUUAAAAGGCUGAAGCAUGUCCUAGAACAUACAGGAUUUUUUUUUCUUUUUGGUUGCUGCACAGAGAAGCCUUAGAGACUUGCUACCCCUUGUGGUGAAUCAACAUACCUUUCUACCUUGUUUUUAUAUGUGUAUCUCUUUUGUCUCGGUGCCUACCUGCCACCUUCCUGGGUCUGUUUCUACCUGUCAGGAUGUGUGUCUGUCUGCCUUUUUCUGUAUAUGCUCAUAUUAAUCUCCCUGUCUGCCAGUUUUCUCUCUCUUGCUCUCUGCCUGUAUGUGUGUGUGUAGCUA